UAAUUGUGAAGAUUUUCAAAGUCGGCGGGCUCAAAUCAGGGUAAAAAACCAAGCAGGCAAAAAAUACUAUCCCCAUACUCUUAAUGGCUCAGCUUUGGCAGUUGACCGUCUAAUUACUACCUUGUGCGAGUAUUAUUAUCAGGAAAAAGAAAAUAAAUUAAAUAUUCCUGAAGUCUUGCAGAAGGCAAUUAACACUAAGAGGACAAGAACAAUUGGAAUAACUACUCUUCAUGGGAAUUUGUUGGGCGAAUUA